ACGGUGGGCAUUCCUUCCUUCCUUCCUUCCUUCCUUCCUCCCCUGUAACAACCCCUAAAAAGGUGGACAUUUUCUCUUCUUCUUUUUAAGCCAUCUCUAAAACAAAUCAAUAGAAGGCCUCUUCAUUCCCUCUGAAUUCUUGGCCAUCCGUCGAGCUUCCCUUCGUUCCGCAGCUUUGGCUAUGGAUUUCAUGAGGGCUCUCGAUCAGAUUGUACGGGACAUAAAGAGGGAGGUCAAUCUGAAAGUGCUCAAGGUACCGGAAAUCGAACAAAAGGUCCUUGAUGCUACCAAUGAUGAACCUUGGGGUCCUAAUGUGACUGCCUUAUCAGAGAUUGCUAAAGCAACUAAAAAACUCUCGGAUUGCCCAUUAGUUAUGUAUGUUCUAUGGACAAGAUUGACAGAUACAGGACCAAAUUGGCGCCAUGUGUAUAAGGCUUUGACUGUUAUUGAGUUCUUGGUGGCUAAUGGAUCAGAAAGUGCCCUUGAUGACAUUCUUGCACAUAUUUCUUGGAUUUCAGCGAUUUCUGAAUUUGAAUAUGUUGAGCCUAAAGGGAAGGAUGUCGGAAUAAAUGUAAGGAUCAAGGUAGAGACUAUUUUGGCUCUUCUAAACGAUAGGGAGAAAAUACAAGCAAUCAGAGACAAAAGAGUUGCUCCUCAUGAUAAGUACUAUAGACGGUCGUCAACAACUAAUGCAUAUGCAUCGCGUUCAGCCUCCUAUGGUGGAAGCAAUAGUGAUGAUCGCUUUGGAAAUCAAAGAUUCACAAGGAGAAGCAAUUCCAUGAGUUUCGACAUGGACAAAGAAUUUGAAACAGAAAGCAAAUGCGAAGAUGCUAUUGAAGAUGUCCAUAAGCCAAAAGUUGUUGGUUGUGAAAAUGAAAUGAGCAAAUCCGAGAAGCUUGUGCCGGAUGAAACAAGGAAUCGAGAUUCUGUACCAUCUAAACCCCCCAGGAUAUUGAAUAAGCCAACUAGCAAUUCAUCAAGAAACAAUGUCCAACCGCAAUGCCGGCAGGAUGAUUUUGAUGACUUCGACCCACGCUUGGAUGACUUUGAUCCACGCUUGGAUGACUUCAAUCCGCGCGGAUCUUCUGCAUCUGGAUCUGGUGAUCUUAAGAAUGCAGAACCAGCUGACCCAUCUCUUCUGAAAACAACCCCAACAAAUGAGAGUACUGCUAGUCCUCAGCUCGAUCCUUUUACCGGUGCGAUCUUUCCAUCAGACAUACACGCUGAAGCAACAUCGAAAUAUCACAAUCAGGGAGACAUCGAUCUUUUUGCCUCUCGACCUGCCUUUCCCACUGGUUUUCCUUCAAAUGUGGACCUCUUUGGGGUUCCAGACACAAACUUAGAGUCGGAAGAAAAAUCUUCUGUGACGAUCACCGAUGAAAGUUUUGAUCCCUUUGUUGCAUUUCCAGUCAAUAUCUUACCUUCAGAAACUUCGCAGAGUUCUACUAGGAACAGUCACCACAGCCUAGAAGAGGACUUCAGUUUUCAUUCCGUUAUGUCUUAUAUCGAAGAAACAAACGCAGAGUCUGCACGGCAUUCUUCAGAAAACAUCCUUGACAACCCCGAAGCCCCUUCAACAGCAUCAACUACAUCGGCAGACUUCUUAACCCAUGGAAUCAUGGACCUCAACUAGUGCUCCCAAGUUAAGUAAGAAGAGGUUGGUAUUUUGGGAGGCUUUGAAGAAGCUUUAGCCAUGUCGAGUGGCAGGUGAAGCGACAACAAAGGGAUGGGCAAUUGGUGGGAGGAUCAUGUUCUGGCAGAUCUGGGUUUUGAUACUAACAAGAGGGAAUGGAACAGUGUUUAAUCUGUAAAAGAAACUAAAUUUUGAGUUAUUUUUGUUUUUCGAAAAAAAACAUUGAUAUUCUUUUCUAUCGCAAAUAAUAAG